AGGAGGCCGUCCCUCUGCCUUAAAUAUUAACCAGUCCAUGACAUUCCCUAUCAGACACACAAGCCAAGCCACCUGGACUAGCCAUGAAAACAGCUGUACUGCUCCUGUGUUGUGUGGUGUUGGCUUCUUCACAGACAGAGGAACCUGAUGGAGUGUGUCUAGCGGCGUCGCUACCGGUGGUGGCGAAUGCGGAGGUGUCGGAGGAGUAUGUGAGGGAGCGCUACCUCCACGGCAGCCUGCUGGCCUUCUCCUGCCAGCUGGGGUACGCAUCGGCCGGACGCACCGUCUACUCCUGCUCCAACAGCACAUGGGUCCCUGUUCGCCGCGGGAGGUGCAUUCCCAGGCCAUGUGAGUUGCCAGAGGACACCCCAAACGGUAGCUACGACAUUGUCCAGGGGACCGACCUGGUGUUUGGCACCAUCAUAAAGUACAGCUGCAAUGACGGCUACCGACUAAUGAGCCGAUUUGACACAAGGGUGUGCAUGGUUGAAGGAUGGAGCGGCAAUUUGCCAGUUUGUGAAGCUAUUUCCUGUGAGCCUCCACCGGACCUCCCUGGUUUGAUGAUGACUGGUCUCCCUGAGAUGGAGGACGCUGCCAUCGAGUAUGGCCAUAAGCUCCAGCUGGCGUGUGGGCCGGGGAUGGCCCUGAUGGGCCAGAGGGAGAUCAGCUGCACGGCUACGGGGCAGUGGAGUCACCGCUGGCCCACUUGCGAAGAGAUCACAUGUGAGCUGGGCCAGACAGACCCCAGUGUGACGGUGACGGGCACUGCCACCCAUGGAGGCCGGUGGAGGGUGGGGGACACCCUGCACUUCUCCUGCGCCCAGGACGGGAAAGCCCUCCAGGGGGAGGAGUGGGUGACCUGCACGGCUAGUGGAGAAUGGAGCACACCGUUUCCUGUGUGCAAAGAGGUCAGGUGUCCACGUAGUGACAUCCCACACGGAGUGCGUGUGCAUGGGCUGCCUGGUGGCGACGGCCCAAUACGGAUGGGGACAACACUGCACUUCAGCUGCUCUUCAAAUGACCUGCGUCUCGUUGGGGAGCCAGAAGCAACCUGUCAAAAAAACGGGCGGUGGAGCAACACUUUCCCAAGAUGUGUGGUGCCUGAUGGUUUCUGCAGUCCACCUCAGGUUAGAUUUGCAGAUGUGACUGGCACCAGUAAGGAUGUGUACAGCCAUAAGGAAUGGGUGCAGUUGAAAUGCCCACCCUACUACAAACUAGAGGGCGAGAGUAACUACUACCCUUCAUAUAUGCAGUGCUGGAGUGGGACAUGGACAAGAACGAUAAGGUGUUGGGCGCCCUGCACGGUGACACCACAGGCCAUGGAUCAGAGGAACAUAGAGUUCAAGAUCAAAAAGCCUGACCUGCGCUACAUCCCCCAUAAGGACCAGGUGACAUUCGUCUGCAAAGCCGGCAUGAGACUCACACGAGGCAGCCCUGCAUUGGCACAACGCUGUCAUGACGGACACAUGCCGUUCCCACAGUGCUCCUAAUAGGCUACGCUUUACAGAAGAAGUGGGAGAAGUGUGUUUGAUAGAAUAUGCUAUAUAUAUUUGUUUUUAAAUGCCAUAAUGUCUGUGAAAGAAUAGAAAGUAUACAUAACCACAAUAAAAAAUAUAUUUAAAAAAUGUAAACAUUUUAUUACUGUUAGAAAUAAUAUAAAUAUUGUAAUUUUUAACAUGAAAUUAAAGUUUACACCGUUA